GAAACCACAAUUCCCGGCAGGUCGCGCGCUGGCGCCGCGGAGACCGCCGGGAGAGUGGGUCUCCGUACUUCUCCAAUGUGCGGGGCUGCGAGGGAGCCGGCCGUGCUGCAAAACCGAAGUCGCCGAAUGAUGAUGUUGUGAAGUCGCCUGGCCGUCCCUGCCACGCCCGGGCGGUUACUGCCAGCCGCGGCCGCUUCGGCUGCGGCUCUCAGGCUGCCGCCGCUUUAGAUCCUAUUCCCUGAGGGAGAGCGGGCGGAGGACGUCGGGCCAUUCCCGUCAUGACUCUCCAGGGUAUGAUAAUCACAUGAGAACACUCAUUGCUGCAGAUGUCAUUUGACUCAUCCAAAAAAAGCUGUUUUAAAGAAAAUAGCAGUACGACCAGAUCCAUUUUGUUAUUGAAUGGCUUGAUGGAUUUCCUUUACUCUGAUUCAUACCAAAGCUGCCCUUGUCAACCAAAGCAAGAAAGGAUCCUGCAUGAAUCAAUCACAGAAUGCCAUUUUUACAUCACCAACAGGUGAAGAAACCCUCAUGAAUAGCAAUCACAGAGACUCAGAGAGUAUCACUGAUGUCUGCUCCAAUGAGGAUCUCCCUGAAGUUGAGCUGGUGAGUCUGCUGGAAGAACAGCUACCGCAGUAUAAGCUAAGAGUAGACUCUCUCUUUCUGUACGAAAAUCAAGACUGGGCUCAGUCUCCACGCCGGCAGCAGCAUGGGCCUGAUGCUCUCUCUCCAGUCCUUGCUGAAGAGACUUUCCAUUAUAUGAUUCUAGGCACAGACAGAGUGGAGCAGAUGACCAAAACUUACAAUGAUAUCGACAUGGUCACACACCUCCUGGCAGAGAGAGAUCGUGAUCUGGAGCUAGCUGCUCGAAUUGGACAAGCUCUCUUAAAACGGAACCAUGUCUUGUCUGAGCAGAAUGAAGCUCUGGAGGAGCAGCUGGGACAAGCCUUUGAUCAAGUUAAUCAACUGCAACAUGAGCUGUCCAAGAAAGAUGAAUUACUUCGAAUUGUCUCUAUUGCUUCUGAAGAGAGUGAAACCGAUUCCAGCUGUUCUACACCCCUCCGGUUCAAUGAGUCCUUCAGCUUAUCCCAAGGUUUGCUGCAGUUGGACAUGCUGCAAGAAAAACUCAAGGAACUGGAAGAGGAGAAUAUGGCUCUUCGAUCCAAGGCUUGUCACAUAAAGACAGAAACUAUUACCUAUGAAGAGAAGGAACAACAGCUUGUCAAUGACUGUGUUAAAGAACUUCGUGAGACAAAUGCUCAGAUGUCCAGAAUGACUGAAGAAUUAUCUGGGAAGAGUGAUGAACUCAUUCGGUACCAGGAAGAGAUCUCCUCUCUCUUGUCUCAAAUUGUGGAUCUUCAACACAAAGUUAAAGAACAUGUGAUUGAGAAGGAGGAACUGAGACUUCACCUACAAGCUUCCAAAGAUGCCCAAAGACAGCUGACAAUGGAGCUGCACGAGUUACAGGACAGGAACAUGGAGUGUCUGGGAAUGUUACAUGAAUCCCAAGAGGAAAUAAAGGAACUUCGAAGUAGAUCCGGCCCUGCUGCUCAUCUCUACUUCUCACAGUCAUAUGGAGCUUUUUCUGGGGAAUCUUUGGCAGCUGAAAUUGAAGGGACCAUGCGUAAAAAGUUGAGUCUGGAUGAGGAAUCUUCUCUCUUUAAACAAAAAGCCCAACAGAAACGGGUAUUUGACACUGUCAAGGUUGCCAAUGACACCCGGGGCCGCUCCGUCCCAUUUCCAGCUCUGCUCCCCAUUCCAGGCUCCAACCGUUCAAGUGUCAUCAUGACAGCAAAGCCUUUUGAGUCCGGUUUACAACAAACAGAGGAAAAAACCCUCCUGAAUCAGGGGAGCAACUCAGAAGAGGUUUCAGAGAACAUACAGAAGGUGGGUCAACCAGGACCAUCUGGAGAUACUGAUUUGGCUACAGCACUGCAUCGCCUUAGUCUGCGGCGACAGAACUACUUAAGCGAGAAGCAGUUCUUUGCUGAGGAAUGGGAGCGGAAGAUCCAGGUUCUGGCAGACCAGAAAGAAGCGGCUAGUGGCUGUGGUACCCCCACGGAGAGCCUUGCCUCUCUCUGCACUGACCAGUCGGAGAUCACAGACCUCAGCAGUGCCAGUUGCCUUCGAGGUUUUAUGCCUGAAAAACUACAAAUUGUCAAGCCCCUUGAAGGGUCACAAACUUUGCACCACUGGCAGCAGCUCGCCCAACCAAAUUUAGGAACCAUUCUUGACCCACGACCAGGAGUCAUCACUAAAGGUUUUACGCAGUUGCCCAAGGAUGCCGUCUAUCACCUCUCGGAUUUAGAAGAGGAUGAAGAGGAAGGUAUCACUUUCCAAGUGGAACAGAAACCUCCAGCAUCCACGCCAGUACCAGGAAUCUUCCUUCCAGCCAUCACUUCAGCUGGUGGUCCAGUGACAGUUGCAACCUCAAACCCAGGCAAGUGUCUGUCAGGCACAAACUCGACCUUCACCUUCACCACCUGUAGGAUACUGCAUCCCUCUGAUAUUACUCAGGUUACCCCCAGCUCUGGGUUCCCUUCAUUAUCCUGUGGAAGUAGUGGGAGCAGUUCAUCAAACACAGCGGUGAAUUCUCCUGCUAUGUCCUAUAGACUCAGCAUUGGUGAAUCUGUUACCAACCGACGAGAUUCCACUAUAACCUUCAGUAGCACCACGAGCUUGGCCAAACUUCUACAAGAGCGAGGCAUUUCUGCUAAAGUGUAUCACAGCCCAGUUUCAGAGAGCCCCCUCCUCCAGCCUAUCCCUAAAGCCCUGGCUAUUCCUUCGACGCCACCAAAUUCACCAUCUCACUCACCUUGCCCUUCUCCUUUGCCCUUUGAGCCUCGAGUGCAUCUCUCCGAAAAUUUUUUGGCCUCCCGACCAGCUGAAACAGUCCUCCAGGAGAUGUAUGGUUUGAGACCUACCCGGAACCCCCCUGAUGUUGGCCAGUUGAAGAUGAACUUAGUGGACAGGCUCAAGAGACUGGGGAUUGCCAGAGUGAUCAAGACCCCUGAUGCACAGGAAAAUGGGAGAAGCCAAGAGGCAGAGAUUGGUCUUCGAAGACCGGAUUCUGCUGUUUAUUUAAAUUCAGGGAGCAAUUUAUUGAGUGGACUGAGGAGGAAUCAGAGUCUUCCAGUCAUGAUGGGUAGCUUGGGCACCCCAGUUUGCACAACCUCCCCGAAAAUGGAUAUCCUGAAGGAAGACUGAGGUUCAGCAGUUAACUGACCUCUUAGACAAAUUAACACAUGAAGGAUGGAUUUGCACUGAUACCUGUAGUCUGGUCUGACGGAGAGACAAGGAAUGUUGCAGACGGGUUGUGAAUGUGGAAAGGGGAAAGUGGAAGAAUGGAAACAGAAUUGGGAUGAGGCCCUAAUGAAUGAGGUCUAAUUAACUGAAAGCAUAAAUGAAUGGGUCAUGAACGUUUGGAGGCAGAUACAGAGGAAGGGUUUAGUAUACUUCUUCAGUUGGGUGUUCCUAUCUUGAGAAUAAAAAGUGACUGGACAAUAAAUUCAGUAAUAUCAAAAUAUACCAGUUACACUGAACUUGCUAGCACAUUUACUUCUAGUAAGCAAAAGCAGCAAGAACCCCGGUUAGGAGUUGGGAAGAAAAAGGGAGCAGCUUCGACCACUGCCUAUAAAAAGCUGAACUGCAGGGUUGCUGAGCUAAGCCCCAUCUGUUACUGAGACAAAUGAGAUGGCUCUUAUGUUUUACCCUGUUAAGUUCUGCUUGAAUUACAUAUCCAUCAAAUGGUAUGUACACAGCAGUAGCAAACAAGGAAUUUUAUCUUUUUCAUAAAACCAGAGUAGUGGAAACUCCCUUUUGCUUUCUGUUUUCAAGCCUCUGAGCCACUGGGAGCCCAAAUACAACCCAAAUUCCUUUUGUAUUUGUGAUAAUAAAAGAUCAUUUUUAAAUGUGUAUUUUUAUACAACACCUCCAAAAAAACAACAUGAAUUGGGGGUAGGAAGGAUUUACUUUAAGAAGGAAAAUAUGGUUAAUUUGGAACCAAGGAUACUUGUUUUCAGAAUAUUUCUUUUAGAUAAAGACAGUGGCCAAGGCGUGUGAACACAAUUACAUGUCUUUAUGUCCUUGGAGGCUGGAAGGGGUUAAACCCGAAGUGCAAUCAAUAGGAUUUAGGGAAUGUUGUGUAUUUAUGUCUGUACGUUUUUUUGUAGGGAGAGUUAGUUGCAACUAAACUUUUUCCAAAGUGCUAUGCAUAUUUUUUCAUUGAAGAUGAUGUGUAUUUGCACAAAAAUUCUCAGGCAUAUUAAAUUAUUAUAAGCUAAAGUAAAACCCAGGUGCUUGCUUUCAGAUUGUGGUUUUUUUAAUGUAAAAUUGAAGCACAUCAGCCUUUUUCUUGACCUCUGUAGAAUUAGAGAAUGAACUUUUUUAAUGGGAAAGUCAAAGCUUUUGCUUUUUUUUCUGGGAUUCCUCUUUUUUUUUUUUUUUUUAAACAAAUUCUGUGAAGUGGCAAAGUGAAACUCUAGGUUUCCUCAUUCAGCAUUGUGACACAAGGUCGUGAACUGGGAAGAAACAGAUCUGUUUCACAGCAUUGCCAAUCAAAGUCUGUUCAUCAGACGACAUGGCUUUCUCUGCACAGUACAGUUCAGAAAAAAAUACCAUUAUAUGAAAGGCAUGAUGGAGAAGAAAUGAGGGAGUGGGCUAAUUAUUUUGUUUUUGAAAGUGGGAGGCAAACUGAUCUUUUUGGAGCUUAAUUUGCAAAUGUUUGGCUCAUUUCUUCUGACUUAACUAGAAGGCAGUUUUCUGGAGAAUUUUUUUUUUUAACAUUUUAUUUAUUUAUUUGACAGAGAGAGAUCACAAGUAGGCAGAGAGGCAGGCAGAGAGAGAGGAGGAAGUAGGCUCUCCACAGAGCAGAGAGCCCGAUGUGGGGCUCGAUCCCAGGACCCUGGGAUCAUGACCUGAGCCGAAGGCAGAGGCUUUAACCCACUGAGCCACCCAGGCGCCUCUUUCUGGAGAAUUCUUGAUAAGAGCCUUGCUCCUUUUGUCCCAUUGAUACACCUGUUCUCAUAUUUAAGAGGGUCCUCCACAAGGAUGCCGCUCCUACGUGUAGAGCUGUGUGCCCAAAGGGGUAGAAGAACCAACAUGCAUACAGUAGUAAGAAUGAGUGAGUUUACCAUGCUUUGUAGAAGCUUAAGUAAAACUUUCCUAAAUUUCUUAAAAACAGAAAGUGAAAGUGUCCUCUCCCCUUCUGUCAGUCGUGCUGACGUCAGCCCACCUUCCACAUACCACGUUCAGAAGGAUUCCAGCAGGUCCAUAAGUGAAUGUUAAGUGUCCCUGACUAUGGUAGGCACUAACCAGAAGAAUUCCUUGUUUAAAGAUGUUUAAAUUUCCAGAAUAUUCCAAUUCAUUUUUUUUUUAAAUUGUAUUUGAGUCUCUACUUCCUAAAGUGACUCUGGGAUGCUUGCUUUAGCCAAUUCUUAAAGCUUUUUAUUUAUUCUCUAAGAAAGUAAUCUUCCUGUUGCCAGUUUCCAAGAAACAUCAGGAAGUAGAAAAAUAUAGGGCCAGAGAGUAGUACAAAGUAUUAAAUUAUCAGAUUUGUGUAUCUUAACGUAAAUAGCUGUAAACUAAGGUAGAUUUUGGAGUAUUCUAUAUAAUUACUACACUUUUUUUUUUUUUUUUUUUUUUUUAAUAACUGAUGCUAAAGUGAUCUGGAGGCAGGCUGAGGGCAUAUUCACAGCCAAAUAAGCACAUCUAAUUGAAGAGACCCAGACUUAAGUUUUCAAAAAUUGGACUGAUGUUCCUAUUCUGUCAGAAACAUAAUGAUUGUAUACUGGUGCAUGCUUGUCUCUAGAAAUGAAUCUUUGAAUUUGGGGUUUGCUGUUUUUAAAGCUUCCACCUAAAAUCAUUUUUGGUAUGGCCUGAGAAUCUCUCUGUUAUAACAAAGCUGUGCAAAGUGUAGUAGACGACCUGGAGCCCCAUAGGAAGUUUCUCCUCAGCUUAUCUGUUAAACUUUAGUCCUGUCAUAUUUUAGUGUUUCAGUAUCAACUGCGUAUGUACUUUUAUGCCAGUAUAGGAAACUCUGAUCUUUUUUUUUCUCCUUCAGGAAGGUUCUCAGUGAUUAUACCUCAGGGAUUCCUGAGUAUCCUGCUUUCUACAGGAGGGAUACCUUUGUGAGGUCAGAAUGAAAAGUUUUCCUGAAUUAAUGAUGAUCCCAAAUCUUAUGUAUAUAGCCUUAGGCAUGGAUCUUAGGGAGAACUUCAUGACCCUCGUUAAAGUAAUUUUUUAAGACAUUUUAUACUUUAUGUCCUUGAUUUGACAGGAAUGAACAGACUUGGGCAAAGGGAGGAAAUCAAAAGACAGCAUAACAACAAGAGCUUACUCUCUAGAAAAGGUAUAUUUUAUACAGUAUUCAAAGUCUGUUCUUCUUUUCUGGCCACUCUAGUGCAUAAUUAGUACUUGCUGGUUGCUUACACGGACUUUCAGCCUCUGGAAGGGGAGCUCGCAAGUGUGUAGUAGUGACUCCUUUGAUGUCAGAGGCCCACAGGCCUGUACUCCAAGCGCAACACCCGUGUCUACAACCUGGGGGUUACGGGCAGAGCGUAGCUGCCGAGAGAGCCGGUGUUUCAGAGCCCUCAGGGGCAGCCAGGGAAACACUCUUGUUGGCUGUCUAGGGCUUGACUUGUCAAACAGCUCUUUGUGCACCUACCUUUGCUUUGUCAAAUGUAAAUCAGAUAAUAAACAUGAGUAUCUUCUUAA